AGAGGCCGCAUAGAAACGUAGGGAGGGAAAAACAAGCGCCAUUUUUAUGCCGCCAUUUCCAGUGUUUGCAUCGUGUUUUCAUACAGUUCCCGAAUUCCAUAAACAAAAUGGCAGACGCUGAUGAUCUUUUAGAUUAUGAAGAUGAAGAGCAGACUGAGCAGACAGUAAAUGAGACCACUGGAACAGUUGAUCAAAAGAAAGGAGUUAAAGGCACAUAUGUAUCAAUACACAGUUCAGGUUUUCGUGAUUUCCUACUGAAACCUGAAAUUUUGAGAGCAAUUGUUGAUUGUGGUUUUGAGCAUCCUUCAGAAGUACAACAUGAAUGUAUUCCACAAGCAGUAUUGGGCAUGGACAUCUUAUGCCAAGCAAAAUCUGGUAUGGGAAAGACAGCUGUCUUUGUACUUGCCACUUUGCAACAACUCGAACCCACAGAAAAUGUUGUAUAUGUUUUGGUAAUGUGUCACACUCGUGAACUUGCAUUCCAAAUCAGCAAAGAGUAUGAGAGGUUCAGUAAAUACAUGUCGUCCAUCAAAGUUGGUGUAUUUUUUGGUGGAUUACCAAUUCAAAAAGAUGAGGAUGUCUUGAAAAGCAAUUGCCCACAUAUUGUUGUUGGCACUCCUGGCAGAAUAUUGGCUCUCGUCCGAUCAAAGAAACUCAACCUUAAACAUCUAAAACAUUUUAUUUUGGAUGAAUGUGAUAAAAUGUUGGAGUUACUAGAUAUGAGGAGAGAUGUACAAGAAAUUUAUCGCAACACACCACAUGGAAAACAAGUUAUGAUGUUUAGUGCAACAUUAAGCAAAGACAUCCGACCAGUCUGCAAAAAAUUUAUGCAAGAUCCGAUGGAGGUAUAUGUAGAUGAUGAAGCCAAGUUAACGUUACAUGGCUUGCAACAGCAUUAUGUUAAACUAAAGGAAAAUGAAAAGAACAAAAAACUUUUUGAAUUGUUGGAUGUUCUUGAGUUUAAUCAGGUUGUUAUUUUCGUAAAAUCCGUUCAAAGAUGUAUGGCGUUAGCACAAUUGCUGACUGAACAAAAUUUCCCUGCCAUUGGAAUUCACCGAGGAAUGAAUCAAGAAGAGCGUUUAUCCAGAUACCAACAGUUCAAAGACUUCCAGAAACGUAUAUUGGUUGCAACGAAUUUGUUUGGAAGAGGAAUGGAUAUUGAAAGAGUUAAUAUUGUAUUUAACUACGAUAUGCCAGAAGAUUCGGACACAUAUUUGCAUAGAGUUGCACGUGCCGGUCGUUUUGGAACGAAAGGUCUAGCUAUAACAUUCGUGUCAGAAGAAAGUGAUGCGAAAAUUUUGAACGAAGUACAAGACAGAUUUGAUGUGAAUAUUACAGAAUUACCUGAUGAAAUUGACCUUAGUUCUUACAUUGAAGGACGAUAAGGAGAGAAAAGUGAACCUGAAAGAUAGAUUUAGUAUUAUCUUUUUAAAUUUAUUUUUAUUUGUGAGUUAAGAAUAUUUGUAUUGAGUGUCUGGAGUUUGUUUUUCCGAAAUAAUUUCUUAAUUUAUAAAUAAAACAUUUAUAAUA